GACAACUGCCGCCUGUUCCCCAACAAAGACCAGCAGAACUCGGACACGGAUUCGUUUGGGGACGCGUGCGAUAAUUGUCCCAACGUCCCCAACAACGACCAGCGCGACACCGACAGCAACGGCGAGGGGGACGCGUGUGACAACGACAUCGACGGCGACGGGAUCCCAAAUAUUUUGGAUAAUUGCCCCAAAGUGCCCAACCCGCUGCAGACGGACCGCGAUGAGGACGGAGUUGGGGACGCCUGCGACAGCUGCCCCGAAAUGAGCAACCCCACACAGACCGACGCUGACAGCGACCUGGUGGGGGACACGUGUGACACCAACGAGGACAGCGACGGCGACGGCCAUCAGGACAGCAAGGACAACUGCGCCCAGGUGCCCAACAGCUCCCAGCUGGACUCGGACAACGACGGCGUCGGCGACGACUGCGAUGGCGACGACGACAACGACGGCGUCCCCGAUUACGGCGCGCCGGGACCCGACAACUGCAGGCUGAUCCCAAACCCCAACCAAAAGGAUUCGGAUGGUGGGGGGGGCGGG